AUGGAACAUUCGGCUGACGAAGUACGUCCUGGAGGCCAAGAUCGGCUAGGCAAUGAAGAGCAUGUGUCAGAAAAAUCCUCGCUGGACAGCGUCUCAGAUUCGCUCAGUUCUUGGUUGCAAUGGACAAAGGAAAAGACGAAGACUACACUGCAGAGCGUCAAGCGAGAUAUUGACGAGUUGAGCAGCACUGUGCAAGAAGGCGCCUCGAACAUAGUGUCGACUACGUCUUCGGUUUUGCGUGAACACGCGCCUCAGAUCACCAGAGAAUCUGCAACUUCCUGGGUGAAGUCGCUCGUUGAUACGGUGAACUCAGCGUUACUUUUAGAAGAUACUACUAAAGACGAAAAAAAAUAUGAAGUCGCCGUCACGUCGGUGAGUGACGAUGGUGACGACAGGCGGAACCAACCGCUGAACGGUGGCGACGAACUUCAGUUGCUGUUACUCGCUGCCGAAGACGAUGUCGAUACAUAUCUUCAUGUGGUGGAUGGUCCUCAGGAGUUGUUUACCGAGUGGGCUUCGAAGUUUAGCAUGACCGAUGCACAACUGCGCAAAGUAGUUGAGAGUCGUCCAAAACUUAAACAGUACUACUCAACGCUGGUACUUGAUGAGCCGGCGACCGUGUCUGAGCGAGACUUCUUCCUGCGUUAUUAUUACAAGAUGCAUCAGAUUCGAUCGGCUUACAAGAAGAAGCCGUUGGUCAAUGGUUCUAAUAACGACGCUGUGACAUCGACUAAGCCCCAGACGCAGACCUGUGCUGAACAUAGUCCGGAAGAAACGCUGAGUUCGAGCGAAGGAUUCGACGAAUAUGACAGACUGAAUGAAAUCCGCAAUGAUGGUUCGACGUCGGCAUCGCCAGAAGACCAUUCGAAUGGUAUUUCGGUUACUGAAAACGAUGACACCGUGAUUGUGUCAAAACGUGAUGGUAGUGAGACCGAUAAAGGCGAAGUGACCACCAAGAAAUGA